UCAUAAAUUUUCUAAUAAAACCUAACAAUGACGGAUACGGAGAAAAUUUUCGUUUGUUCCUCAUCUGGUUGCAGUAUGAGUUUUACCAAUGAGGAUCAGCUGACGGUGCACAAGAAGAAGCAUGAGAUGAUGUUGAACCUUGGAAGUGGUUCAAAGAGUGGUGGAUUUGUUACUGACCAAACACCCACACCGACGCGCUUUAUCAGAAACUGCGAAGAAGUUGGCCUCUUUCAGGACUUACAAAAUGUGAAUCCCUUUGAAGAAACAUUCAGAAGAGCUGUGGAAUCAGGGAACACUGGUACACUUACAGUACCAGAGGUUGGAAUUACAGAUGAUACUCUGCACACACCUCAUAUAUUCCCCCAUAUAGCUGAUGUAUUGUCUAACAGUAAUCAAAUAUUGUCCGAGAACACUGUGCAAGAAUGUGGAAGCAUCUCAAUUACAGAGAAAAGCACAGAGGAGAGAACUACCAUCGAUACCGAAGUCUGUACCAACGUGAAAUUGAGCGAAACUGACGAGCAAGAUUUAAUCAAAGGGAAAUUAACGGUAGAACGGAAUGUUACGUUGACGGAAAAUAUCAUCGAACAAGUAACACGCACACCGAUAUUACCGAAAAUUUUACAGGAACAACCUUCUCCCCAAUUAUCGUUCAACGGCGAGGAGGUGCAGCUACUGUUAAAAACGUCCGAUGGAAAACUAAUGCAAUUAUCAGCGAUUCCAGUUUACGAUUCUAUUAGCACAACCAACACACAAUCCUUAAGGCAACAAACAGUGGUAAUAAAAACGGAACCUCCUUUACAAUGUAAUACAAGGGUAGAGUUGAAAAAACCUACGGUCUCUACGCUAUCUCUGGCGAAAAUGGUACUUACUGUAUCCACUAUAUGUAUAUUAAAAAAAAAAAAACAAUUCUUUUUAUUCGCGUUCCUUUUUUUUCUAAACGAAUAUUUCACGAAUCCUUGUAGAAAUUGAAACAGUAAGAAAGAAAAUCGAAAUAAACCGAUGGAAGAUCAGUUGAAAAAGAAAGAAAUUCUCGAACGUAAUCGUGCUAGUUCUAUGAGAGCAAGAGCCAAAAGAAAAGCGUGGAUACAACAGCUCGAGAGGACUGUAGCUAACGUUAACGAGACUAACGUGGCUCUACAAAUGGAGGUAAAAGUUCUGCGAUCAGAAGUGGCCAAAUUAAAGACACUUUUACUAGCCCACAAGGAUUGUCCCGUGACGAAAGCGAUGCAGAAGGGCAAUGGUAUAGUACUUGGUCCGAAAAUAAUAUCGGUAAACUCGGACGGUAUAAACAAUGAAAUUUCAAUGACUCCUUCGAUGAAACGAACGACCACGUUCUGUUCGUCAGAGGUGCCAAUCAUGCCAAAGAAAAAACUAUCUUUAGCAUCUGCGAAAAACCCGGUGAUUUUCCCAAAAGUAGAUUGUAGUACAAAUCUAUCAAUUCCCAAUGCUACUUUAAUUAAAACGGUACCAACGCUCAAGAUCAUGGGGGUCGGUCAAUUAUUAACAGAGAAGGAGGAGACUAAGCAAAUUUUUAUCGUACAAAACCCAGCGAAAAAGGUGGAGAACUCUAGUAGGCAAAUUAUUCAAAUAAACCCUAAUUACGAAACUGAACAGAACGCGUCGAAACCUAACGAGACGUAA